GAUCAGUCAAUUAUUGGUACGAUUCUUCACUCUCUCUCUCAAUUUUGGUUGGAACUUAGGGUUAAAAAUCGAACCUGUUUCAUCCUACCUUCUGCAUCAGUUUUGUUGUUUGUGCGUGAGAGUGAUGGAUGUGGACAGGAUAGAGCUCGUGAAAGCUCAAUUGCAACCGUAUUUACGUCAAGGGGAAGAAUAUGUUCGUCGUUUCGAAGAGUUUGCUCGUCAGAUCCCACCAACUCAGAUCUAUAUUGCAUUUGGAGUUGUGUUCUUCACUACCUUCAUAUUCUACCUAAUACGCGUUUACAAGCAUACCAUAUCUAACACCAUUGUACUCAGUGGGCUUAGUGGAGGUGGGAAAACGGUUCUAUUUUACCAGCUUCGUGAUGGAUCUUCUCAUCAAGGUACUGUUACAUCAAUGGAACCGAAUGAGGGCCUUUUUGUGCUGAACUCGGAGAGCUCCAAGAAAGGCAAAAUCAAGGCAGUUCACCUUGUUGAUGUUCCUGGCCACUCACGUCUUCGCCCUAAACUGGAUGAGUACUUUCCUCGAGCUGCUGGCAUAGUAUUUGUUGUGGAUGCCGUGGAAUUUUUGCCCAACUGUCGUGCUGCUUCAGAGUAUCUCUAUGACAUUUUGACGAAAGCGAGCGUUGUCAAGAGAAAAAUUCCACUUCUUAUUCUUUGCAACAAGGUGGAUAAGGUCACUGCACAUACAAAAGAGUUCAUCAGAAAACAACUCGAGAAGGAAAUAGACAAGCUUCGGACAUCCAGAACCGCUGUAUCAGAUGCCGAUAUAUCUGAUGAGUUCACACUCGGAGUACCCGGAGAACCCUUCUCCUUUUCUCAGUGCGUAAACAAAGUUACUGUUGCCGAGGCUUCUGCAUUAACCGGUGAGAUACUACCCUUGGAGCAGUUCAUCAGGGAACGUGUUAAACCUUGAUUCAUAUCUAUUCAAUUCAUUUUGGUACCAAAAUACAAACUGUAUGUCGGGAAAUGGUUGUUGUUUAUCGGGAAUUAACCAACCUAAGUAGAGAAAUAGUGACGGAAUUGCGGUUCCUUUUUUUGGAUGUUAUUUUAGGAAGACAUGUUCAUAUUCUAAGAAUGCUUUUUCUUGAGAAAGAUUGAUUGUGUUAUAUCUCAGAUUGCCAGUUUCUUUGA